CUCGUCCUGCUGCUGCUGCCUCCGCUCGCCGCCUCGCCCGGGCCGCGCGCCUGGGGGGCUGCUGCGCCCAGCGCUCCGCAUUGGAAUGAAACUGCAGAAAAAAAAUUGGGAGUCCUGGCAGAUGAAAACAGUACAUUGCAACAGAAUAGCAGCAGGAAUACCAGUUACAGCAGUGCAAUGCAGAAAGAAAUCACAACGCCUUCAAGACUCAUAUAUUACAUCAACCAAGACUCUGAAAGCCCUUAUCAUGUUCUUGACACAAAGGCAAGACACCAGCAAAAGCAUAAUAAGGCCGUCCACCUGGCCCAGGCAAGCUUCCAGAUUGAAGCCUUUGGCUCCAAAUUUAUUCUUGACCUCAUACUCAACAAUGGCUUGCUGUCUUCUGAUUACGUGGAGAUUCAUUAUGAAAAUGGGAAACCACAGUACUCUAAGGGCGGAGAGCACUGUUACUAUCAUGGAAGCAUCAGGGGCGUCAGAGACUCCAAGGUGGCUCUGUCGACGUGCAAUGGACUUCAUGGUAUGUUUGAAGACAGCACCUCUGUAUAUAUGAUAGAGCCACUGGAGCUGGUUCAUGAUGAGAAAAGCACAGGCCGACCACAUAUAAUCCAGAAAACCUUGGUGGGACAGUAUUCUAAGGAGAUGAAGAACCUCAGUGUGGAAAGCAGUGAGCAGUGGCCCUUUCUCUCUGAGUUACAGUGGUUGAAGAGAAGGAAGAGAGCAGCCAGUCCAUCUCGUGGUGUGUUUGAAGAAAUGAAAUAUUUGGAGCUUAUGAUUGUUAACGAUCACAAAACGUAUAAGAAGCAUCGCUCUUCUCAUGCACAUACCAACAACUUUGCAAAAUCUGUGGUCAACCUUGUGGAUUCUAUUUACAAGGAGCAGCUCAAUACCAGGGUUGUCCUCGUAGCUGUGGAGACCUGGACUGAGAAGGAUCAUAUUGAUAUCUCCACCAACCCUGUGCAGAUGCUCCACGAGUUCUCCAAAUACCGGCAGCGCAUCAAGCAGCACACUGAUGCUGUGCAUCUUAUCUCGCGUGUGACAUUCCACUAUAAGAGAAGCAGCCUGAGUUACUUUGGAGGUGUCUGUUCUCGCACAAGAGGGGUUGGUGUGAAUGAGUAUGGUCUUCCAAUGGCAGUGGCACAAGUAUUAUCGCAAAGCCUGGCUCAAAACCUUGGAAUCCAAUGGGAACCAUCUAGCAGGAAGCCAAAAUGUGACUGCACAGAGUCCUGGGGUGGCUGCAUCAUGGAGGAAACGGGGGUUUCUCAUUCCCGAAAAUUCUCAAAGUGCAGCAUUUUGGAAUACAGAGACUUCUUACAGAGAGGAGGCGGAGCCUGCCUUUUCAACAGACCAACAAAGCUGUUUGAACCCACAGAAUGUGGAAAUGGAUAUGUGGAGCCUGGGGAGGAAUGCGAUUGUGGUUUCCAUGUGGAAUGCUAUGGAUUAUGCUGUAAGAAAUGCUCUCUCUCCAAUGGGGCCCACUGCAGUGAUGGGCCUUGCUGUAACAAUACCUCAUGCCUUUUUCAGCCACGAGGGUAUGAAUGUCGGGACGCUGUGAACACGUGUGAUAUUACUGAAUAUUGUACUGGAGACUCUGGCCAGUGCCCACCAAACCUUCAUAAACAAGAUGGGUAUGCCUGCAAUCAAAAUCAGGGCCGCUGCUACAAUGGCGAGUGCAAGACCAGGGACAACCAGUGUCAGUACAUCUGGGGCACAAAGGCUGCAGGGUCUGACAAGUUCUGCUAUGAAAAACUGAACACAGAAGGCACUGAGAAGGGCAACUGCGGGAAGGAUGGAGACCGAUGGAUCCAGUGCAGCAAACAUGAUGUGUUCUGUGGGUUUUUACUUUGUACCAAUCUCACUCGAGUGCCCCGCAUUGGUCAACUUCACGGCGAGAUCAUUCCAACGUCCUUCUACCAUCAAGGCCGAGUUAUUGACUGCAGUGGUGCUCAUGUAGUUUUAGAUGAUGACACAGAUGUGGGCUAUGUGGAAGAUGGCACGCCAUGUGGCCCGUCCAUGAUGUGUUUAGAUCGGAAGUGCCUACAGAUUCAAGCCCUAAAUAUGAGCAGCUGCCCACUUGAUUCCAAGGGUAAAGUCUGUUCAGGCCAUGGGGUGUGCAGUAACGAAGCCACCUGCAUCUGUGACUUCACGUGGGCAGGGACAGAUUGCAGCAUCCGGGAUCCAGUUAGGAAUCUUCACCCACCUAAGGAUGAAGGACCUAAGGAAAUGUCAAGAAGAGGAGAUUUGAUCCUACUCAGCAAGGCCCCAUCUGAAUCAACUGCACUGGACGAGCAGCACCUUGCACUGUUGGGUUCUGGGUAUGAUAUACUCUUCGCAACAUUGCCAGAACUAUUCAGUCUUUAAACCAGAACACUGGGUAGUAAUGAGUAAAGAGCUAAAGCUGGGGUAACAAGGAUGGGGUAGAAGAAAACUGUCCCUUUUGGAAAUUAUUUCAAAGAACCCCUCCCACCACCUGUCAAUACAAGGGAGGAGGGUACAAGAUCAUAUUAUAAAAAGAACUGUUCAGAAUCUUUUUUUCUACCUAAAGGAGAAAGGAACAAAAAAUUUAAGUGCAAUAAGAGACCCAUUAAAAAUAGCAAAUGAUUUUUUUCCCCCUCAGCCUGCUGGCACUUAUAUCUUCAAAAUGAUUUGGCAUGAUUUUUUUUUCUUUCGUUACCAAUGACAAACUCCAGUGGCAUGAAGAUCCAAUUUUCGAAAGGGUAAAAACUGCAUGGCAUAUAUACAACAACAAGCUAGCAAGCCAAUCCUCCGCAAAACCUACAGUGGAAUUCCUCAAGGGAAGAUGACAGAUGAACAUACAGAAGCUGCCUGGGCCUAGCGAAGGCAAGUCCCAUCCCCAGCUCCUUCUUGUACCUUGGGCGCCCACUCCCAGUUCUGGACUGGCCCAUGGCAGGACUCGGCGCGACCAUGCUCUUGUUGAUUCAUUUACCCCAUUAUUUUUUUUUUUCCUGGACCAAGCAUCUUUGGAAAUGGGAGCUGGAAUUUGAACAAUGAUGCUAUUGUAUAGUUCUUUUAUAAAUGUAAAUAUGGAAAUAAGAGAUUUUGACACAUCAUUUUCACUUGUCUGAACUGAAAUCUUUUUCUUGUAUAGAUUUUCUGUAAAAUUCAUUUGUUGCUUGCUCCCCAUCUUUUCUUUUGUUUCUUUCCUCUUGUUCUUUCUUUCCUUCUUUGUCUCUGUCCUCUCUUGUAACAUGUCCAAUGGUUGUUGGUCUAGUUUAAAAAAACAAAUGUAGCCACAGAUGCAGGGAGUUUGGGCACAAAAGAGGUGCAGUUUGAGGUUAGUAUGUUUGAAACCAAAAAUAAACAAAACGGGAACACAAACAACAAAGUAACCCAUAUCAAAAACAAAAAAUUAUGUAAAUGAAAAUAUAUGUAUUCACAAAUCUCUAAAAUUUUCAAUGUCAUUAUAAAUGUGUAUAUAAUGUAAGAAAGUAGACACCCUCUCAAAUUAAUCACAGAAGUGCCAAGCUCAUGAUUUUAGUUUUUGGUUGUGACAAUUUUCCUUCCCUGUCUUUAAUGUGAAAGAAGGAUAAACUUAAAAGCCUUAAAUAAAAAAAAAUUUUUUUAAAUGUUGAAAGCUUGGAGAAAAAUUAAGCUUUCCAUUUUAUUCAUAUCUAUUGUCAAUAUUUCAUUCAUGCUUCAUUUGCCUGCCUCAAAAUCUAUAUGGUAGAACCCCAUUAUAGAAGUGGUAAUGGGGACAGAAGCAGCAAUUCGCCUGCACGUCAACAUUGUGAAAACAGCUGGAAUUUGGAAUGUGGUGUUUCCAGGAAACCUUGUUUGACCCACAGGGCUUCCUGGACCCUGGAGUGUUGUAAUGGAUUAUAAUGGGAUUCCACUGUGGACAGAUGCACAUUCUAUUCCCUCCAGGCAGAUUUGCAGAUGCAAUCUUGGAGUUCCCAAGUCCCUCUGAGUUUCCUUCACUUUCACCAAUUUCUUUGAUUUCUGGUCAACAUACCUUCCAUUCAAAUGUUAAGUGAACGCGUUAGUAAGGAAAUCUGGUCCCGGCCUCCCCCGCCCCCGCUCCAGCUUUGUUUUCAAUGUACAGACUUCUACAGAGUCACUUAGUGAGCAUCCACCCAGAGACGAGUUUAACUAAAGGCCCCAGUGAGUGCCUCCCACUUCUCCAGUGUCUUUUUAGGAGCAAGACAUGAAGUUAUGCUAUUCAUGGUACAAAUCAGUUGCUGGAAACAGCAAGAUUCAUGACAGCGCUUUUACAACUUUUUCUUUGACUUUGGAAAGAAUGAUGUUGUGAAACACUGCUUAAACAAGUGGUAUUUUCCCCCCACCACCCCCGAAUCUUUAACUAUAGGAUUGUCAUGAUCCUGGAGCAGAAACUUUAAUUUCUGUAACCAGUCAUAGACCAUAACCCAACAUCUUAAUCCUAUUGUUGCUUUCUGAGUAAUAGGUGCUACACAGGUGUACAGUCUUUAUCUAGAACUUGCUCUCUGUUUAUAUUGUAACAACAGGGCUAUCUAUAAGGUUUAUUGGCCUUACUCUUGGUUUCGUAAGACACAGGUUGUAUCCCUUUACUUAAUAGUGAUGGUUCUUUCAGCUUGGAGGAAAGUUGAAGGAAACUCAGAUUACUUGGUAUCUCUGCCUGUCCUUGCACUGCUGAGUGGGUCCUCUUUACUGAGAGAUACCAAGCUGCUGCUAGCUGCACCACCCACAUUUCAUUGCUAUUCCAGAGGCACCAUAUUGACUUAAUAGACAUAAAACCAUGGUGGUUACAAAACAAAUCUCAGUUAUUAACUUUUGAGCAUUUCACAAACAACAUUGUAAAUGUGCGAUGUUAUGUUUUAAAUCAGACCACAGUGGUCCCCAAAUAUUAUGUACAUAUGACAAAUGUCAGUGUAACUUUUCAUUAUGCUGGCAGUUUCAUAGGUAACCAAACCUAUGCUCCAAUGUUAAAUUAUUUGUCUGUAUAUGUAAAAUACACAAGCUUUAAGCUCCGUGUAUGUGAAUAUGAAAGGUAAUGCAACCACAUCUUAAACAACAGGUUAUAAUUAUUUUUGUGGUAUUAGAUUACAUAGUUUCAAACUCUUCGCUGUAUUUUCUCUUGCCUAUGACAUUCAUUUGCUAAUUUUUGUGGUGUGGAUACUCAUUUUUAUUAAUUUGAGCUCAAAGCAUAAACAUAUUACUGUUUAAUGUUACUCAACAAGAGUAUUAAGUGAUGACCAAGUUCCCAUUUCACCUGCUACACUUUUGCUAUGAUAAUUAAUGGCACCUGGAUAGGAGACAGGCACUAAUUUCAUUGCUCACCUGGGACAGUGCAUGAGCCCACUGGAUUAGAGCAACUCCUGCUAGAUAAAUGAGCAGUAUACAUAGGUGCAUGUUACAAAACAGAAGUCACAUAGAGCUGUGGAGUUCUACCAAGUGAUGUGUGUGUGUUUUUUGUUCUUUUACUAUGCAAAGAUGAGAAAUGCACACACUUUUCAAAGACCUGAUGUCUGAAGAACUUUACAGACAAUACUUGAAUUCUUUCUUUUGUCAUCCCUUCAUGUUUUAUAGUCCUUGUUGCUUUCAUUGUUACUUUUUAUUUUUAAAUGGUUUGUAAUUUUUUAAGUGCACAACCUGAAGUUUUGUUUGAAGUUAAUAAAUUCAUUUAUAUCUUGUUGGCUGCCUAUGAAUGGAGAUUCAGUAGUCAUUGUAUGCAUCUUUUAGUAUGUAUUAAAACUUUUGUUAAUGUAGAAUGUGUAGCUUUAUGCUUUGAUCAUUUUUAUUUCUUCAGUCCCUUUUCUGUGUUUUCUGGCAUUGUUGAUUAAAUGGCCAUGUGCCUGAUAUCA